AAAACCUUCUCCUAUGGUUUGAAACUCUUCGCCGCCUCUCUUCUCAAAACUAGGUGGAUGCUACACUGAAAAACUCCAAUGGAAGCCUCUCUUCUCAAAACUAGGAGGAUGCUACACUGAAAAACUCCAAUGGAAAAUAAAGUUCCGACCUACCGGAUUCGAAACAGUGACCUAAGGAUGACAGCAUGGUGUACCAACUACAGUCCUCCGCUCUACCAACUGAGCUAAAGUCGGUUUGUUGUUCUCAAUUUCCUGCAUUUUAGUAAAACCUUAAAUCAAUCGUGUUUGUUUUCUGGAAGAACCGCAUAUUUGGCCCAAACUGUCUCUUUUACAUUUUGUUUGCAGUUUGCUGAACAAGGUCGUAUAUGGAUGCAGAUUAACAACAAAUAACUUAUUUCAUAUUUUCAGACAGCUACCGGGAAAUGUUGUUGAACAGUCAACACUUCUUCAAGGAAAGUCUAACUGGAUGGCUCCUGGAGAUUAUGGCGGCCGCUGCUGUUGGUGAAGCAUUUCUCUCUGCCUUCGUUGAGGUUGUCCUUGACAGGCUUGCCUCUCCUCAUGUUGUUGACUUGCUCCGUGGGAAGAAACUUGACCUCAAUUUGAUACAGAGGUUGAAGAUCACUCUUUAUGCUGUCGAAGCCGUGCUUAACGAUGCUGAACAAAAGCAGAUUCAUGACUCUGCUGUUAACAAAUGGCUUGAUGAUCUCAAAGAUGCUCUCUAUGUCGCUGAUGACAUUCUCGACCAUAUCUCUACCAAAGCUGCUCUUUCCAACAACAACAAGCAGGUCAGUACUGUUAACUACUUUUCUCGCUUUUUCAACUCCGAGGAAAGGGAUUUGGUUUGUAAGCUGGAAGAUAUAGUUGCUAAGCUUGAACACAUUCUCAAUUUCAAAGAUAUUCUUGGCCUUCAACAUAUUGCAACUCAUCACUCAUCAUGGAGAUCUCCAUCAACCUCUCUAGAUCACCCUUCUAACAUAUUUGGUAGGGAUCAAGACAAAGAGGCCAUACUCAAAUUACUCUCAGAGGCUGAUAAUGAUGUUGAUGAUAACAUUUCCGUGAUUCCCAUAGUUGGCAUGGGUGGGGUGGGAAAAACUACCUUAGCUCAAUCUGUGUUUAAUACUAUAAAGCACAAAUUUGAUGUUCCAGCGUGGGUUUGUGUUUCCGAUGAUUUCGAUGAACUCAACGUAACCAAGGCCAUCUUAGAGGCAGUUGCAGGGAGUUCUUGUAAUAUAAAUAACAAAGAGUUACUUCAUCUUGACUUGAAGGAAAGACUGUCUGGAAAAACGUUUUUGAUUGUUUUGGAUGAUGUAUGGACUGAAGAUUAUGACAGUUGGAACUCUCUUAUAAGGCCUCUUCAAUAUGGAACUAAGGGAAGUAAAAUUCUUGUUACUACCCGUAUUGAUAAAGUUGCUUCUAUGGUCCAAACUUUUCAGGCUUACCCUCUUCAGCAAUUGUCCGAUGAAGAUUGUUGGUCCGUGUUUGCAAACCAUGCAUGUCUUCCUCAAGAAGAAUCCAAUGAGUACAUGGAUCUCCAAAAGACUGGCAGAGAGAUUGUUAGAAAAUGUAAAGGAUUGCCUUUAGCAGCACAAUCACUUGGGGGCUUGUUGCGACGAAAACGGGACAUCAAGGAUUGGGAUAAUAUACUAAAUAGUAACAUUUGGGAAAAUGAGAGUAAGAUCAUUCCAGCACUAAGAAUUAGUUAUAAUUAUCUCCCUCCCUAUUUGAAACGUUGCUUUGUUUAUUGUUCCAUAUUUCCUAAGGAUUAUGAAUUUGAUAAAGACGAUUUGAUUUUGUUGUGGAUGGCUGAAGAUCUUUUACCGUCUUUGAAAAAUGGGAAGACUUUAGAAGAAGUUGGUAAUGAGUAUUUUAAUGAUUUAUCUUCAAGAUCGUUCUUUCAACAUUCGGGAAGUGGGAACCAAUACCAGCGUUUUGUGAUGCAUGAUCUGGUGCAUGAUUUAGCAACAUUGAUUGGUGGAGAAUUCUAUUUUGGAAUAGAUGAACUUGGGAAAGAAUCGAAGAUCGGUACCAAGACUCGUCAUUUGUCAUUUAUUGAGUUUAGUGAUCCUGUCUUGGAAAACUAUGAUGUUUUCAGCACAGCAAAAAACCUUAGGACGUUUUUGACAACCGAUGUUAGACUUUCUCGAGGCAACCAUGAAAAGGCACCAUGCAUCAUUUUGGAGAAUUUGAAGUGUUUAAGAGUUUUGUCAUUUCCAUCUUUUGCUAAUCUUGACUCAUUGCCUGAUUCAAUAGAUGAACUAAUCCAUUUGCGUUAUUUGGACCUCUCUUUCACAGCUAUACAAACUUUGCCGGAGUCAUUGUGUAAUUUGUAUAAUCUACAAACGUUGAAGUUGUGCGGUUGCCAACAACUAACCAUGCUUCCAAAUGACAUGCAAAAUCUUGUAAAUUUGCGCCAUCUUGAUAUCAGUGGAACUAAUCGGUUAGAAGAGAUGCCUAGAGAAAUGAGCAAAUUAAAUCAUUUGCAAUAUCUGAGUCGCUUUGUUGUGGGCAACCAUGAAAAGAAUGGGAUCAAGGAACUAGGAGCACUUUCAAAUCUUCAUGGAUCACUUUUUAUUAGUAAAUUGGAGAAUGUUACCAACAGCUUGGAAGCAUCAAAGGCACAUAUCAUGGAUAAGAAGUACCUUGAGGGAUUAUGGUUUAAAUGGUCUGAAGACGCAAAGGACCAUUUUACAAAUUCUCAAAGUGAGAUGGAUAUACUUGGCAAGUUACAGCCUGCCAAGAACUUGAAAAGGCUAAUUAUACAAGGAUAUAGAGGCACAAGAUUUCCAGAUUGGGUUGGAGAUCCUUCCUACCACAAUUUGACCGACUUAUCCUUGUAUCGUUGUCUUAAUUGUUGCAUCCUUCCGCCAGUCGGACAAUUACGCUUUCUCAAAGACUUGAGAAUUUAUAGAUUGAGUAUGCUGGAGACUAUUGGAUCUGAAUAUGGUGAUUCCUUUUCAGGAAUCCACUUUCCCUCCCUUGAACGCCUGGAGUUUCAUGAGAUGCCAUGUUGGGAAGUGUGGCAUCAUUCUCAUGAAUCAGAUGUUUCAUUUCCUGCAUUAAAGUCUCUUGUGAUUGUUGAUUGUCCCAGAUUACACGGAGGUUUGCCAUCUCAUCUUCCUGUUGUGGAAACAAUUAGGAUUGAACAUUGCAACCAACUUGACUCUUCACUCCCAAGGGCUCCUGCCAUCCGCGAGUUAUGCACAAUUGGAAGCAAUAAAAUAGGCUUGCACGAACUACCCAUCUCAUUGGAAGAAUUAAGAAUUCAAGGAAGAGAAAUGACAGAGUCUGUCUUUGAAGCCAUUGCCAUCAGCCUAACAUCUCUUCAAAUUUUAGAUAUCAGGGACUGUUUGUCUGCGAUAUCAUUUCCGGGAGAUUGUUUACCCUUUUCCUUAAAGAGUUUGUCCAUCCGAAAUUCUAGUAAUCUGAAUUUUCCAAAGCAAAACCACCAACAUGAGUCACUUCAGUCUUUGAGGAUAGAUAGAAGUUGUGAUUCUCUCACAACCCUCCCAUUGGAGAUCUUUCCAAACCUCAUUUCUCUCAAAAUCGAUAAUUGUGAAAACAUAGAAUGCCUUUCAGCUUCGAAAAUUCUUCCAAAUCUCAUUGAUAUUGACAUUAGAGACUGCCCUAAAUUUGUAUCAUUCCCAAGAGAAGGAUUGUCUGCACCCAACUUGACAUCGUUGCGUGUCUCCCGGUGCCUUAAUUUAAAGUCAUUGCCUUGUCACAUAAAUAAUCUUCUUCCAAAGUUAAAAGAGUUGAAAAUAUAUGAUUGCCCAGAGAUGGAAACAUUUCCCGAAGGUGGUAUUCCACCUAGCUUGAGAAAACUUAAAGUUCGGAAUUGCGAGAACUUAUUGAGAAACCCAUCUCUAUCUUUCUUUGACAUGCUUUCCCAUCUUUCAAUUGGAGAUUUACAUGAUGGUGUUGAGUUCUUUCCUAAGAAGGGUUUUGCAUUGCUGCCUCCCUCCCUUACCUAUCUAGCUCUUUGCAAUAUGAAUUGUUUGCACACGUUGGACUGCAGAGGGCUUCUCCACCUGACGUCUCUCCAACGCUUAACAAUUGAGUCUUGCCCAAAGCUGGAGAAUAUGGUGGGAGAGAGGCUGCCUGCUUCUCUAAUAAAUCUUCAUAUAAUUAGUUGUCCUCUGUUGGAAGAACGAUGCCUCAAAAAACACUCUCAAAUUUGGCCCAAAAUUUCCCACAUCGGAAGUAUUAUGGUUAACUACAAAUGGAUUUAGCAAGCUCAAACUUGGAUUUUAAACCGUUGGCAGGGUUCUUCUGCUAAUUUCCAAGUCACAUUUUGAAGGCCUUACACUCAUCCUCGGCUUUUGAUGGUCUUUCUUUGCCUCUUAAAUGUUUUGGUUUUAGAUUCCUAUGCUGCUUGAAACACAUUGGAGUUAGUUUUCUUGAUCAGGUUUCAGCGAUUUCAAUUUGUGUAAUCUGUGAUGCAGACUAUAAAAACAAAUGUAUUGUGAGAUCUUGCAAUUCUUUUGUUUCUGGGACCAUCAUAGUCAUUACAGACACCUUUGUUUCCCAAACAAUCAAUAGAUUUGGAAUGAAAGGACACUGCCUGUUGGUAAAUGAGUUGUGCUUUUACAUGUU